UAUCUCCUCAACAGGGACAAGGAGGGCGACAAUGGCGUGAGGAUUAAAAAACAAAUUGGAGACAGGCCAUAAUUAAAUUGAAGAUUUCAAAACUAAAAUUAUUCAUUUCUCCAUCUGAAGAUUUCUUUUAUUAAUUCCCCCUCCCAUUGGAAAGAAGAGAUUAAGUAUAUGAUGUAGACGUUUUUUUAUUUUAUUGGGGUCGAUUCGUCAGCCGAUUGAUUUGAACUUUGCUCGACUUGUGGGAAAAUGAGCGAUUUCUGAUUGCUGAGUUUCGGCCGGGGUCUCCUCCUCCGACGUCGUACAAGUUUCAAGAUUAUGAUUAGGUCACUAACCGUUUUGGGGAGAAUUAACAAUAAUGCCAACUCUAGCCAAAAGUAAGAAUCAGCAGCCGCCAGACGACGAGCUCUUAAUCUCAACAUCUAAUCGUCAUUGGUGGCAGAGUCCUGGGAACAAUGACAUGCCUUCUUCUGGACAGGAAAACGGUUCUGUAAGUCCGGGAACUCUUCACCAGCAAAGCACUUCUGAAGGGAUUGCCAAGGACAAAGAAACUGAUGCAACUCUUCGAUCUGAGUUAUUAAGCAGAAGCAUUAACAAUGGACAUGAACAGCGGGCUGCCCGUGAUGCAAAUUCGCAAAUGGAACUUGUCGGCCAUUCCGUCAUGUUGGCGCCAUAUCCAUACUCCGAACCACAAUAUGGAGGAAUCUUCACUUAUGGGGCUUCGGUUAAUCCUCAAUUCCUUGGGUAUCAUUCGGCAAGAAUGCCAUUACCUCUUGAAAUGGAAGAAGAACCCGUCUAUGUGAAUGCGAAACAGUACCAUGGGAUUUUAAGGCGAAGACAAAUCCGAGCAAAAGCAGAGCUGGACAAGAAAAUAGUCAAAAACAGAAAGCCUUAUCUUCACGAAUCCCGACACAAGCAUGCGAUGAGGAGGGCAAGGGGCUCUGGCGGGCGUUUCCUCAACACUAAGAAUUCAAACAGCGAAACCAAAAGUUCCGAAGAGAAAUCAAAGUACGGUCCACCCUCUCCUACGUCAUCUGCAAACAUGUCUAGCAAUAGCAACAUGUUAUCUGAACAACAAGACAACAAGUCCAAUACACAUCAAGAAAUGCGUAAAGAACAGAUCCACUCGGACGAGUUUGGCAGCAUCCAUGACCUGAAGUUAUACUAUUCGCAGCAGCAGCAGCUGCCGGCCCGGAGAGAUCACAACGACCCACAUUUCAGUGACAGUAACUGGAACUUUCUGGUGACCCAAUCUCCGCAGGGGCCUGCCUCCGGCAACUGAGAAGCUAUCUAGUUGGGUGGGUGCAUCGAAAGCCACCCGGGAUAGCUUCUUCUGGCAUGAAAUCUUUUUCUGUCAGGCAAUUCAUUCUUGGCUUGGUUACUUUGUGUCUCUUGAAGGGAUUGGGAGUGGUUCUUUAGUUGGGACUUGUUUGCCAUUCUUGGCUGUUUCGUCCCGUCCCGUCCCGACUGUAAGUUUACGACAUUUGUGAUUACUGUUGUGUGCCCGAUUGUGUGUAAGCAUGGACAAGAAGUGUUUGCUGCUUAUUACUUUGUUACUGGUAUUUACUGUCUGUUUCGUUUGUUGUGUACUAAAAGCUAUGGCUUUUUAUUAUGAUCGAUCAUAUGUAUUGCUCCAUUUGCCUUUAGUUGUUGCUUCUUGCAUUUUUGUUGUUUGGUAGUUAAGAAAAUUGAUUCCAACACCAGAAGAUUAUGCAAUAAUUGUGCAAGAAAAUUCUGUUGGGAAAAGUUUGGUGUCUGAAUUUUCAAUUUUAAAACUACAUGGGCGUUUAUGAAAUUUACCUUGAAAAUAAGGGGCAGUGAAGAAAGGGCAAAACCAAUAAUAGAGAACCAGAAACCCUAAUUGCAGCUCUCGGGGGAGUAGUCUCUUCCACAGUUGCGAUGUCCUUCCUCGCUGCUUCGCCAUGGAAAACUCCCCUCUUUCUCUGGAAAUGCGUGCUCGAUUCUGCGUUUUGGUACUCUUUUUUCCAUGCUUGAUGUAUGAAUAAGUGAGCCUCAGUUUUGCGCUGCAAUUUCGGUGAAAUUCUGGCGAUGAUUCGAAGCUGGAGCUAGAUAUCGGAUGUAGCUUUUAUGAUUCAUGCAAGUUGAAUUGCUUUUGGAAGAGGAUACAAAUGUUUCUUGAAGACAAACUUGUAGGGCAGGAGAAAUGAUGCUGGGGAAUUACUACACACAGGCAGUACAUUGGCUCGGUUGCUGCAUCACAUGUUCGCUUGUUCUUGAAUCUGUUCCUGUUCAAAAUCAACACCAAAAUUGAAAGUGCAACAUGAUCCUGAUGCAAAUCCACUGAUCCAAACUUAUGUUUUCUUAAGGAUUAAUUUUCAAUGGUAAGAAACUCCGUAUGCUUAAAUGUCCACUGAUAAUCCUUCUACAAUCUCGACAUUUACUUUCUGUCAUGGAUUUAGCUGAACAUAGGAUAGGGAUCAAUAAGAUCAACAAAAGCAGAGUACUAACCUCAGUAACAAACAGGGCAUGGAAACCAUAUGGAACUCUCUUAGGUAAUUCGAUUAUAGCAACAGGAUCUGCUGACAUUGUUUUUGCGUCGAUUAUGUUCACUGCUGACUUUCUGCCCAAAUCAAUGUUAACUCAUAAGAAUGACGUUUGGUAACUAACCCAUUUUUUAAAAAAGAAAGUCGAAGCUUGAGUUAUUGCUAAACUAGAAUAUUUGAAAUGAAGAACUAGGAGAAGAAUGAGGAGACAUUUCACUUAAAGUAAAAAUCACUACUGUCCUCGCCCGUAACUAGUAAAUUUUUUGAAGUUCAUUCGACCACGAUUUUGUAUAGCACUUUUAUUACUUACUUUUUAGUGAUGCAGAAAAUUCAAUGCAAUACUUACCCUUCUGCUGCUUGUGGUCAAAGAGUUCAUAGAAAAAAAUAUGAAAAAAAAGCUGUAAGACUGCAAGAGGUAUCUUACCCUGUAUUCUCAUCGUGUACGAAGAAAAUCAAGUAGCCAUCAUCUUCCUCUGUUGAAGUACCAGGCUGACGAGGGACAAAGACGGCCUCAGAUCCAAAUAUUCCUGGCCCAAGAUGAAAGAUCCCUUUGACAUUGCCUCCAACUUCAAGUUUAACUCUUCCAGGAUCCGGUUCCUCGCCACCAUUGACCAUUUCGAGAUCUAUAUCCUCGAAUCGACAAGUGAUCAAAACAACUUCGUCUCCUUCCUCCCAAGCAUUUGCUGACAAAGAAUUCAGAGUCGCAAGAGUAAAGUUGCUCACCGUUGUGAAAUAUGAAGCAGUUGGGAAGCUCAAACCACUUUAUUAGAAGCUCGUUUUUUGCAUAUCGAGGGAGGAUCCCAAAUCGUGCAUUCUUUGUUUGAUCAAAACUAAAGAUAAAUUUGUUAUCCUUCACCAUUUCCUGAUGAAAUUAUAUGAAUAUAAGCAACAGUUAGUGUGCUGAUUAGCUAAUACAAUGCAAACAUCGAUAACACAGAUUGUUGUAUAAUAUGACUAUGGUAAUAAAGUACAUUACGUUA